AUGCCCGACAGCAAGAAUCUUGCCACCAGCGACCCUACCUUAGUCAAGUUGACAAUAGACUGCCUAGGUCAAAUCCAAAGUGCUUUCGAAGAGUACGUCAAGAUUGGGAACAGCAGUCAAGAUGGCAACCCUGAGUGGGCCGCUUCAAUAGAUUCACUCGUAACGGCCCUAAAGAGAGUUGGAUGGGCAUUAAAUGGAUCCAAAACGGUGCCUGAACUAUGGAAGAAGCUCAAAAUAUAUAACGACGCCCUGAAUAGGCUCUGGAAGUCAACUGACGCUGUCGUUCAGCGUCAUCUACUUCUCUCAUUGGACAAUUUUAACAACGCCGAGGGCUUGAGACUGAUGGAAAUGGCACUUACGAGGGCUGAUAUAUCUGAGUAUCAGGAGCUAGCUGCCGCAGUACGGUUGCGCCGAAUUGUUCUUGAGGCUAAGGAUAGGGAGACUGGGUCACUCUAUGCUGGGCAAACCAGCCACUAUCUGGGAGACCUGGGACAGCUUGAGGAUUAUUUGGGACUUGACGCCGCAGCAUUUCGCCCAUCCAUUUCAACACUAAGCACAGAUUUACCCCGCACUGCUAUUGUAAACGGCCGAGACGCCAUUCUGGAAUGGAAAUUGUACAAGACAGAUACCCCUGACGAUAUGAACCAGAGGCAAUAUGAAUGGGUUGUUAGGAGCAGUAUGAGAUCACUGGCCAAGUUGCUGUCUCAAACCCCAAAGCCGGCUGGACUCAGGGCUCUCAAUUGCCUAGGCUUCUACGAACCUUCAGCCCGUGGUCUUGGCACUCCUGUGUGCUUUGCCUUCUCACCUCCUCCUCUUGCAUACAGGGAACCAAUCUCUCUUGCCAAGCUUAUGGAGAUGAAUAAAGAGGUGGUUGACCCUGAGGGAAAUAUAAUGCCGUUUGAGCUUGGCGGUGUAUCAGUUGACAGUCAUAUGUAUUUGGGUGAUCGUUUUGCUCUAGCUACUACACUUGCACGAGCUGUCCAACAACUCCACAAUCUAGGUUGGCUGCAUAAGGGAAUCCGAAGCCAGAAUGUACUCUUCUACCGCCCCAACGAUGUUAGAGGUGUCUGGAGACCAGAACCAAGGGACCUUUAUCUCGUGGGCUAUGAGUUUGCUCGCCCAGCAUCACAGGCCAGUCUCUCAAUUCCGGUAGAGAACAAAUCCGGUGUGACGAUCUAUCACCACCCGUUAUACGUUGACAGCCAGAAUGCCCGAUACGAGUCCCGCUUUGACCUCUAUAGCCUUGGAGUUGUCCUCAUCGAGAUUGCUUGCGGCAAAACGGCUAUCCAGAUGGCCCAACAUGGCAGGGUUGACACCUCUGCGCCCUGGGAGUGGGAUCUCUAUAUUGCUCACUAUCUACUAUCGGAGGUCGAAAGAAAAAUGGGCAAAGUUUAUGGAGAGGUAGUUCGGCGCUGUAUUAAGGGCGAAGUCGGAAAUGAAGGCUCAGGGCAGAAGGGUAACUAUCAGACUUACCUUAAGAGCCUUGACGUAGAUAUAGUUGGAAAGUUGGAGUUGUGCUAUGCCUAA